CUGUAUAGAAGUCUACUUUCUAAAAGACGGCUGCUUGGAACAGCGUCCAUUACAGUGACUGCGUGCCUUUCUUUCUUUUCUCGAGGCUUUGUCAUCUAACUUGCGAUCAAGCCAUCAUUUUUUUCAUAAAUUUUAAGUAAUAAAAUCGUGCAGGAACAAGGUGCAAGACGUAUAUGACAAUUCAAGGAAGAUGAAGUGAUGGCAGAUGUUACAAGGAGAUGGAUGAAAGACACAAAGGCACAUGUCUUUGUGGUAAUUUUGACAUGCGUGAUAUGUUCUGUCUAUGGCUGUUCCGAAUACGACCGAUUAGACGGUGACGAAUAUAAAGGCAAGUGCAUUGGAAAACUAAAUACAUAUCAUCAUGAAGUUUCCGGCGAGGUUUACGCCGUCGACGAGAAUACAUUAUUGCUGAUUAAUUUUAAAUACGAUGGUAACGGAGCUGAUACAUUUUUCUUCGCUGGUGCAUCCACGCGAGCUGGUCCACACGGUUUUAUCGUGCCUGAUGAAUGGGGCAAAACAAAUGUCCUCGAUAAAUAUUUCAAUAAAAAUCUCACUCUUAAUUUGCCAGAUGGUAAAACGAUAGCAGAUAUAAAAUGGUUUGCUAUAUACGACUUAGGAAGUCAGAAUGUAUUCGGCGAUGUGAUUUUUCCCGAUGAAUUUCGCGCACCGGCACCAGCGACGAUGUCUCAAUUAAAGAAAUACUCGCAUGGAGUAUCUUCAGAGCCAAUUGAAAUUAUAGAUUCAAAAACUAUCAAAAUACCAAACUUUAAAUACGAUGGAGAAGGAAAAGACACGUAUUUCUGGGUAGGAGAUGGUCCACAACCUUCUACAAGGGGAACAAAAGUUCCCGAUGAAUAUGGCUAUUUAGAUUCACUGCAUGCUUACAAGGGCGAAGAUGUGAUCGUUCAAUUACCUGGAGAUAUGACAAUUUUCAAUAUCAAUUGGUUAAGCAUUUUCGACGUGGAAACUGCGUCAAAUUUUGGCUCUGUAAUAAUUCCAAAGGAAUUAAACGUGCCUCCUUCGUUAGUAAAAGUGAUCAAGCACACAAACAGUUUGCCAAAUUGUAUUCAACUUCACAAACGAUUUCAAGUCAGCUGGGAAAUUUUUGGUCCACAGAUCACUAUUCAAUUAGCAGGAGACAUAGGUGAGAAUGAAUAUAUGGCAUUCGGUCUAUCUGGAUCUGAAACAUCUAGUCAAAUGGAAGGUGCAGAUGUUGCAGUUGCUUAUUUAGAUAGUAUUAGAGGCUAUGUGGUAGAUUACAACAUCACUGCCAAAGCACCAUGUGGAAAAGUUCUUGGUCAAUACAAAGGAGUCUGUAGAGACGAAUUAUUUGGUGGUUUGGAUAACAACCAGCUGCACACUGCAUUUAAAGAAAAUGGAAUUACCGUUAUAAAUUACAGACGUACCCUUAACUCAUCUGAUCCAGGAGACAAAGAAUAUCCAACUGAUCGACCAGUUUACGUGGUAUGGGCCUUAGGAAGAUUGAAUGAAAAUAGGGAGCCGACUUUCCACGAUUUAUAUCUGAAAAAUGAUUUGAAAUUAGAAUUGGGCCGUAAAGAACCCGAGGAUGCGUGCAUGGAUUUUACGGAAAAUAAUGAGCAAUUAGUAGUACCUUGGGAAAAAGUAAAAAUAUAUGGCAGAAGUAUUCGAACGUUCAAAGCAACGAUCGGUCCAUCCGGAGGCAAAAAGGGUUAUCAAGGAAUUACAGGACAACCAUCCACAGGAUUGGCAUGGUACAUCGAAGGUCGAUUGGUACCUGAAUUAUAUCUACGUCGUGGAUUGACUUAUAAUUUUCGUGUUUUCGGUGGUAAUAACCCUCACAGCUCGAAUUUAUAUCACCCGUUGAUUAUAACUGAUGAACUACACGGUGGAUACGAUAAGCUCAGUGAUGCGGCACAAAGUAAUAUUAGAGUUUUGGCUGGAGUUGAAUUUACGAGAAGAGGGCAGCCGAGACCAACCGCAGUUGGCCCACUUUGCUUGAGCAAACACAAUGGACGAGAUAGAAGACGAGAUGAUGAUUUUGUAACAUUCAAACAAUUCAAUAGAACAUUAAUAAAUACAUGUGAACCAGGAGAAGGUGGAAAUUUAGAAAUUACACCGAACUCCACGUGGCCAGACAUUGUUUAUUACAAUUCAUUUACCCAUGCGAACAUGGGCUGGAAAAUACACAUAGUGGAUAGUUAUUCGUCAAGUAACGCUGUUGUUCGAAAAUUAUCGUUAAUUGUAGGAAUAACGGCUGUGUUUUUUCAUUUUUUAUAAAAAUAGUUAUAAGUU